ACCCUAAUCACUCGCAUAACUCUGCGGAGAAAGACACCAGGGAGCACUCGUCCUGUAACCGUACUCGAGUACUGUAUCUUGAACCACGUGACCAAUAAUCUCCAGCAGGCGCCAGCACCCUAUGCCAAGACAUGGGCGUCCAACGCCGCUGAGACUUUUGAGCAACAAGCUCCAUCACCGAACAAGCGACACUUCCACUACCACCACGAACUAUCGAAACAAUGUCAUAUCCACCUCCGCCGGGGACAUCCUCCUCUCUCCCUCCUCGCCCCCCGCCGCCCUCAAUUCCGCAGAGCACGGCCCCACCAGCUUUCUCAGGUUUCCGUCCCAGACAAGUCGCUGCACCACCAACGGGAUAUUCUCAACCACCCCAAUACAAUCAGCCAUACCCCCAACAAUACCCACCCGCUUAUCAACCCCCCGCCCAACAAUACCCAGCACCUGCACCGUCAGGAGCGCCGCACAUUGUCAAUCCAUUUCCGCUGCCACAACAAUCAUUCAACCGCCGUGCAGACCCGAGAUAUGCGGAUCUGGACCCGGAGCUGCAAGCCCAGAUAGCCCAACAGCAAAGCAUAUACGACCCCUCCACCCGCGCUUCUGGUAAUACCACCACCGCUCCCGCCGUUUCAAAAGCAGAAGGCAGCGAGUAUCCGGUGGCGCCGCUCAGCAAGCCGAAGAACGCACCAACUGUCGUUCGCCAGGGUGGUGGCCAGUCCUGGACAGACUCAUCUCUACUAGAGUGGGACCCCUCGCACUUCCGACUAUUCGUUGGUAAUCUUGCUGGCGAGGUCACGGACGAUUCACUGCUCAAGGCGUUCUCAAAGUACCCCAGCGUACAGAAGGCCAGGGUUAUCAGAGACAAGCGCACCACGAAGAGCAAGGGAUAUGGGUUUGUGGCUUUCAGCGACGGAGAUGAGUACUUUCGCGCGGCGAGGGAGAUGAAUGGGAAAUAUAUUGGUAGCCAUCCGGUGCUGUUAAAGAGGAGCAAUACGGAGAUCAAGCCGGUUGUCAUGGGCGGGAAGAAAGGGGUUAAGGAUGGAAGGGUUGAGAAAAAGAAGAAGAAGAAGAAAGGUGGCGAACAGAAGAAUGUUUUGGGAUAAACCUUUGGUUAGGUGGGGAUAGAAGGUGGUGUUCAUUCUUAAUAUUGAAUAGAAGGAACGGCCGGUUUUCGUUGGAUGGUUUGAAUUGUCGGGAGAACGCAUAAUGGUUAGAUGGCAUGGAGGGGGGGGGGGGGGGGGGGGUUCCUUACCCUUGUGAUUCAAUGUAUUUCUAGAUAUAUCAAUUUGGGGCAAUCCUAUUAUGUUUUGGUUUU